UCGCAUGUUAAAGCUUACAUUGUAUUUCUAUCUAAUUCAUUUGAAAAACAAGAAAAUGGCAAACCAAGGUCCCAACAAUCCUAGCAAUGCUGGACAAGGCCAGAUGUGGAGGGAUGACUUGCUAACCCAACAAUCUACCACCCAAAACCAAGACCAGUCAACUAACUUCCUGCAAGAGACUGGAACCCAAGUUAAGAACAUGGCACAAGGAGCAGCAGAUAUUGGAAAGGGGGCAGUGCAGGGUGCGGUUAGCAUUGCCCGAGGAGCGGCACUAGGGGCAGCAAACGUGGCACAAGGGGCGGCGGACAUCGUGAAGAAUACUCUAGAGACAAACAAUGACACCAACACUGCCUCAGGCCGUCCUGGCACCACCGCUGACGCCAGCCUAGGUGCCAGAAACUACCCAAGCAGCAACAAUCCAAGCUAUCCCAAUACUAGGAUUUGAAUUGAAGCGCUUUUCUUAAUGCUCUUGUUGAUUUGUUUACAUUGAAAUGUUACAUGAGGCCUAAGUUCAUUAGCACACCGGGCUAUGAUUGGUGAUUACUGUCAUUUAUUAAUGUAAUUUCCAGAAUUAAAAUUA